ACUGGCCACCCCUUUGAGCCUGGCUCCUCUCUACAUUUCUUCCUAGGUUCCUGCUUGCUGGGGAGUUUUUUGUGGCCACUUUGCUUCUACAUCUGCAUUGCUUGCUCUUUGGGGAUUGAGGCUGUGUUUUUGUUAAGCACUUUGUGAAAGCUUCUGAUGUAAUAAGGCCUACAUAAAAUACAUGUGAUUGACAUGUAUAUCACACCAACUGACUGGUUCUUCUGAUGUUGUUCACACAGGAGACCAUAUAGAGACAUUCUCUACAUCCAGAGAGCAACAGCAGGAAGAUCACAGAGCUAAGAGGUCUCACCACUGCCCACAUUGUGAGGAGAUUUUCCCAUUUCUAUCAAAGCUAAAAAUCCACCUAAAAAUCCACAUAAUGGAGAAUCAGAAUUCCUGUACUGACUGUAGGAAGAAUUUCACAACAUUAAAGGCUCUGACAGUUCAUCAGAGAGUGCAUACAGGAGAGAAGCCUUACUCCUGCCCUGACUGUGUAAAAUGCUUCACAACAUCAACUGAGCUAAAAGUUCAUCAGAGAACACACACAGGAGAGAAGCCUUACUCCUGCUCUGAUUGUGGAAAGAGUUUCUCUCAACUGGGCACCUUAAAACACCAUGAACGUAUACACACGGGAGAGAAGCCUUACUCCUGCUCUGACUGUGGAAAUAGGUUCUCUGUACUGGAACACUUGAAAGCACAUGAACGUAUACAUACAGGUGAGAAGCCUUACUCCUGCUCUGAAUGUGUUAAAUGCUUCACAACAUCAACUGGGCUAAAAGUUCAUCAGAAAACCCAUACAGGAGAGAAGCCUUACUCCUGCUCUGAUUGUGUAAAAUGCUUCACAACAUCAUCUAGGCUAAAAGUUCAUCAGAGAACCCAUACAGGAGAGAAGCCUUACUUCUGCUCUGAUUGUGCGGUGAGUUUCUCUUUACUGAGCCACUUAAAACGACAUACACAUAUACACACAGGAGGGAAGCCUUACUCCUGCUCUGACUGUGGAACGAGUUUCUCUUUACUGUGCCACUUAAAACGACACGAACGUAUACACACGGGAGAGAAGCCUUACUCUUGCUCUGACUGUGGAAAGAGUUUCUCUGUACUGGGCCACUUAAAAAGACACCAACAUGUACACAAGGGAGAGAAGCCUUACUCCUGCUCUGAUUGUGUAAAAUGCUUCACAACAUCAACUGAGCUAAAAGUUCAUCGGAGAACACACACAGGAGAGAAGCCUUACUCUUGCUCUUAUUGUGAAAAAUGCUUCACAACAUCAACUGGGCUAAAAGUUCAUCAGAGAAAACACACAGGAGAGAAGCCUUACUCCUGCUCUGAGUGUGUAAAAUUCUUCACAACAUCAACUGGGCUAAAAGUUCAUCAGAGAACACACACAGGAGAGAAGCCUUACUGCUGCUCUGACUGUGGAAAGCGUCUCUCUCGAAUGGGCCAGUUGAGAAGACACCAACGUAAACAUAAAGGAAAUACGCCUUACCACUGAUCUGACGAGAAUAUGUUUUAAAACAGGAGAGAAGCCUGACUCUUGCUCUGAUUUUGUCAAAUGCUUCACAACAUCAACUGGGCUAAAAGUUCAUCAGAGAACACACACAGGAGAGAAGCCUUACGUCUGCUUUCAAUGUGGCAAGAGUUUCUCCCAAUUGGGCAAUGUUAAAACACACCAACGGAUACACACUUAAGAGAAGCCUUAUCACUGCACUGACUGUGAGAAGAGAUUCUACAGAUUGGGCCAUUUAAAAAGACACCAAUGUAUACAUAAAGGAGAGAAGCCUCAUCAAUUCUCUCAGACACGCUAAGAUUAAUCAUGCCACUUAAUUCUCAUCUCAUAAAGUAAUUGGCCAUGUUGAAUUGGCUCAAAUGAAGAAAGUGUAGAACACUCUAUUGUUGUCCUAUUGUUUCUCACUGUGAGAGAACUGUGCAGAGGAAAGGGUGCGUUUAAGGGCCUCCCGGGUGGCGCAGUGGACUAAGGCUGUGCCACCAGAGAUUCUGGGUUCGCGCCCAGGCUCUGUCGCAGCCGGCCGUGACCGCGCACAAUUAGCCCAGCGUCGUCCGGGUUAGGGAGGGUUUGGUCGGCAGGGAUAUCCUUGACUCAUCGCGCACUAGCGACUCCUGUGGCAGGCCAGGCGCAGUGCACGCUGACCAGGUCGCCAGGUGUAUGGUGUUUCCUCUGACACAUUGGUGCGGCUGUUUUCUGGGUUGGAUCAUUGUGUCAGGAAGCAGUGCGGCUUGGUUGGGUUAUGUUUCAGAGGACGCAUGGCUCUCGACCUUCGCCUCUCCCGAGUCCGAACGGGAGUUGCAGCGAUGAGAAAAGACAGUAACUACUACCAAUUGGAUACCACGAAAUUAGGGAGAAAAAGGGGUAAAAAAAGAAGAAAGGGUGCGUUUAUAGAAUGUUAGCCUCUCUUUACUUUACUGAUCAGUAUGCACCUUGUCAGUUUUGAUGAGUUUUGUUAGCUUCUACUGCAAAGAUAUUAAGCUGACCUUGAAUUUGCCCUUAAGGUUGAAUAUCCUCUGUGAGGCGUCUCACAAUGGAUUCUGAUGGUUGACUGGGUGGUACUGCUUCCCUCUGCAGUUUUCUGUGGGAAUGAGCUAGUAGACACAACCUACACUGAGUGUACAAAACAUUAAGUACACCUGCUCUUUCCAAAACAUAGCUUUCACCUGGGUUCACCUGGUCAGUCUAUCUUCCUUAAUGAUGUCGUUUUUGUGUAUUUCUUAUGGACCCUCAUUAGCUUUCAGCAAAAACAAGAAACUGCGGUUGCAGUGGGCUAAGGAAUGAAAACACUGGACACAUAUUGCCUGGUCUGAUUAAUCCCGGGUUCCUGCUGUUUCACGCUGAUGGGAGGAUUAGGGUAUGAAGGAAACCACGAGUACAUGCAUCCAGUGGUGGAAAAAGUACCUAACUGUUGUCAUGACUUUCCUCUGUGGGUAAGGUUUAUGACCCCCCCCCAUAAAUACCUUUCUCCCUUCCCUCUCUCUUGACACUAGAGGGACUCUUGAAUAGCCUUUGUUAAACAUAGAGAGUCUGGGAACAUCAAACAAGUGGAGGGAAAGGAACCACAUUUCGGUAAUAGAACCAGUUGAAAAUAUGCGUUGGUACUUAAUGAAUAUGAUGUCAGUUCGGUUGUCAUCUGAGACAUUAUGACUGAUGACAGGAGGACCUAAACUGUAUCUGGGAAAGUCUACACAUUAUAAUGAUCAGAUUCACAUGGAAUUGUUGUGCAAUUCAAAUGUUUAAACAUAAAAUUAUUUGUGAAAAGAUUAAAUGUAAUUUUAGCUUCCAAAUGAGAGAUUUGAGUUUUCAUAAGGUUAGGUCUCUGCUCAAUCAGUGGCCCGCCCCUGUGAAGAGACAUGGGUUAUAAACUAUGAAACACACCCUUCUCUCCCUCCACUAUAUAAGCCCUUGACGAAAAUGUAACCUCCUGUUCCGGGUACAUUAGGAUUACGAUCCGAUGUCAGAAGGAUUCAGAUAAUAACUACAGAACGAAGCCAACCUCAGCGUGAGCUUUGGUUGCGAAUGGUUUGAACUCUUAUUCGCUACAGAAGUGAUACCUCCUAGCCGUUGAGUUAGCAGCGGCUGCUGUAAACGUGGGCUAGGAGAGGACAGACAGAGUAUCCCGUCUACCACACAACGACGACACUACAACGUAUACCGUUCACCACCUGAGACACUCUUCAAAGGACAAAGGACUCACAGCCUUCCAUCUACCACCAACCUAUUGAAGCGCAGCUCAGAGUAAAUAUUUAUUGCAUUUUCCUUUUCCGAAUUGGCGGUAAUUUAGAAUGCAUAAGAUUCUGUAUUUACGAUCGAGUAGCUGCCUACGGCCCGAUAGAGACACAGCUUCUCCCUUUGUUCUUCAGUCUUCCCGCUCUUUCACUCAAACCCAACCCCCUUUUCUUUGUGUAACCAGCUGUCAUAUCUGUUCCGUCCGCCAAGGACGUUUUCCUUUAUGACAUAAUUUGUAAUCAAGGUAUGAUUCAUUCUGUGUAUAUGUAAUUCUGUGUGAUUAGUUAGGUAUUUAGUAAAUAAAUAAUUAAACCCAAUUUUGUAUUGCUGAUUCAACUUGUUAGCCAGGGUUCGUGAAGAUAACCAAGAAUUUACAACUUUCAGAUGAGACUGAAAUAAGGUGACGAUUAAUAUUGACUGCUAUUGAUCUAAAAUAUUACUAGGUCUUAAAGAGUUUAUUCGGAAGAUAACUGCUCUAUAAAUAUUAUUUUGUGGUGCCCCGACUUUCUAGUUAAUUACAUUUACAUGAUUAGAUCAAUCAGGUAAUAUUAAUUACGGAGAAAGGAUUUUAUAGAAUAGCAUGUCAUAUCACUUAAUCCGGCAUAGCCAAAGACACG